UAUUAAUCUCUGUUUCUCAAUAAAAUUAAUUUAGUUAAUCAUACCUAGAGUUUUGAGACGAUUCAAGUCAUUUGGUUCCAUUUUACUGUAAUUUUAUAGCUAUCGUUUGAUCUUGACAAUUGAUGAAACGAUCCUUAAAAAUGCUUGCACCGGCGAAGUGCCAAGGAAAUACUUCGAAAAUUUGCAGCUAUGUAUAGGGGAAAAAACCAAAAAAAUUAAUUAAAAGAAAAACUAGAGAUAGUAAAAACAACCUCAUAACUGUAGUAUUUGUGAUAUAAAUUAAAAUUAUAAUGGCUGUUCAUGGUUCCACUCCUAAGCGUAAAGAAAUUUAUAAAUAUGAAGCACCUUGGCCCCUGUAUAGUAUGAAUUGGUCAGUUCGUCCUGAUAAACGAUUUCGAUUAGCUAUUGGCAGUUUUGUAGAAGAAUACAAUAACAAAGUUCAAAUUGUAUCAUUAGAUGAAGAAGUAUCUGAAUUCAGCCCUAAAAGCACCUUUGAUCACCCAUAUCCUACCACCAAAAUUAUGUGGAUACCUGAUAGUAAAGGUGUAUUUCCUGAUUUAUUAGCUACAAGUGGUGAUUAUUUACGAAUAUGGAGAGCUGGAGAGCCAGAAACAAGAUUAGAAUGUAUAUUAAAUAAUAAUAAAAAUUCUGAUUUCUGUGCACCUCUCACAUCAUUUGAUUGGAAUGAAGUUGACCCUAAUUUAAUCGGUACUUCAAGUAUUGACACAACUUGUACAAUUUGGGGUUUAGAAACUACACAGAUUGUUGGAAGAAUUAACUCAGUUGCUGGACAUGUAAAAACACAAUUAAUUGCUCAUGAUAAAGAAGUUUAUGAUAUUGCUUUUAGUCGUGCUGGUGGUGGCCGAGAUAUGUUUGCUUCAGUUGGAGCUGACGGUUCUGUAAGAAUGUUUGAUUUGAGGCACCUUGAACAUUCUACCAUUAUAUAUGAAGACCCACAGCACUCUCCUUUACUUCGACUUGCCUGGAAUAAACAGGAUCCUAAUUAUCUAGCUACUGUUGCUAUGGAUGCAUGCGAGGUUAUUAUACUUGAUGUUAGAGUACCAUGCACACCAGUUGCUAGAUUAAAUAAUCAUAGAGCAUGUGUGAAUGGCAUUGCGUGGGCUCCACAUUCAUCUUGUCACAUUUGUACUGCAGGUGAUGAUCAUCAAGCGUUAAUUUGGGAUAUCCAGCAAAUGCCAAGAGCAAUUGAAGAUCCAAUACUAGCAUACACAGCUGCUGAAGGUGAAAUUAACCAAAUACAAUGGGGUGCCACACAGCCAGAUUGGAUUGCAAUUUGCUAUAAUAAGUCACUGGAAAUACUUAGAGUGUAAAAAUGGUGAACUGGUUGAAGGCAUAUUAUUAUUUAUAUAAAAUUUUACCAUUGUCAUGAUACCAUACAUUGCUCUGAAAACUUAAUCUGGUUAAUUAAGGUAUAUAUCUAAAGUUACAGAGAGUUUUAUUUGCUUGUUUUUGUUGAAAAUGAUUUAUGAGAUAUUGUGAUUUAUUUAAUUUUUUCUUGUUUUGUUUUCUUCUGAGUUUUCAUAAUCAUUAAUUAUGACUUUGUCAAUUGCAAAUAUUAAUUUUAGUUGAUUAACGCCUUAAGUGUGUUGAUCACACUUAGACGAUUCUUUAGCAUGUAUCUGUCAUAAAGAAGAAUGUUCUUAUGUGUAAGAUAAAAUAAUUUUGAA